AUUUUAACCUGAUAAGCAAUUAGUUAUCAAACAAUAAUCAAUAUACAUGUAUAAUACUCUGAUAGGAAAAUUAUGGUGUUUUCCUCUCGCAGUCCAGCUACAGUUCAGGAGCUCCCUUUUAAUCAAUCUGAUUAAAAGCAGAUCCUAUUAUCCGCUCACGCAGAUCGCUAUACUAGUAGUAUAGCUAUCUAUGUGAGCGGAUCAUGGGAUAUGAUUUUAAUCAGAUUGCCUUUUAAUACAACUCGAAUGUGGUACUCGUUGCAAUGUUCUCAUUUUUAAGACAACAGAUCUACAGAACUGCAGCUACGUACGAUUUUAAUGGAAAACUGAAAGAAUAUUAAUAAAUCCUUGAAAAGCACCCAUUGUGUCCGUCUUAACGAGGAUGAUACCAUGCAGAGUGCUUGCCAUAAUCGGAAAUAUCAUGAUCAGUCUUGGUUUUUUCUGUGCUUUCUUCACCUCGUCAGUUCCGGUGCUCAUUUUGUGUUUGGGAGUUAUUCCCGGAAUAGGUUCGAAUCUCAUUGUGUUCUCCAUCACAAUGAUAGUCAAAGGAUAUUUUGUGAAGAGGCUGCCUCUUGUUUAUGGAAUAGCUCUCUCUGGUAUUGGAGUUGGCAUGUUAAGUUUCCCGUCAUUUUACGUUUACUUGCACACGUCAUUUGGUACGAACGGAAGCUUCCUCUUGUGUUCGGCUGUUUGUUUGAAUGGCAUGGUGUUGUCCUGUCUAUCCAAACCGAAUGCAUCUAAACUGCGGGAAAAGACACCUGACCAAAGCGUAUCCAAGACGAAAUUCUUCGACUUCAGUCUGUUUAAAUCGUAUCAUUUCGUUUUGUUUGUCACGGCACACCUUGCUUUCAACAUUGGAAACGCCACUCCUUUUACAUACCUACAAAUCAAAGGACUGGAACUUGGCUUCUCAGAGCAAUCGUCUGCUCUGUUUAUAACAACCUUGGGAGCCGGAAGUUCUGUUGCAAGAAUAGCAUUUGGAUGGUUCUCGGCAAAGUUUCCGAAAAUUCGUAUUCGAUCAUACCUGAUUGUGGUGUUAAUGGCGAGUCUGUCCACUCUUCCAGUAGCCUUCACCAGCUCCUAUCCACUGAUAUUAGUCUGCUCGGCAUUGUUUGGUUCAUGUGCAGGAGUUACCCAUACAGAAAUCCCUACAAUAAUUAUCGGGAUGAUGGGAAUUGACAGAUUGGAUAGCGCUUUAUCUGUGGCUUAUCUACAGCAAGGCAUCGGGUCCUUGAUCGGAAUUCCUCUCACAGAUAUUGUAUGUCGUAGUGCUGGAAACAACAACGUGUCAUUCAUCUUCACCUUCGGUAUCACUGCGUUAGCCUUUCUCCUUAUGGUACUUUCUUUCUACUUACCCAACAAAGCACCACGAAAUGUACAAUCCCACGAGAUCUCGACAAAAUUCCCUGAACCAAAACCGGAAGUCUUUGUGGUCGACGCAUCGGAAACCAGAGGUCCAGCGGCGGCUUGAUAAUGAAGAUCCGUCAGUUGUGUUCAAUAUUGCAAUGAAAAAAUAACUUCAUACUGUCAUAUAUUUAUAUCAUAUAUAACUGUAUCUAAUGCAAAGAAAAACGUUAAAAUAAAGAUUGAUAUACAU